AUGUCUCUACCAACCCCACACAUCCAGGCCCUGUCAACGUACAAAACGCACUUGCGCGCGCCGUCAUCCCAACUACGCAACGUAUCGAGUCCAUAUGGCCUGGCGAUCCCUCCAACGAAUAAACGACGGUCUACAAACAUUUCCACGAUUUCAGAGACACCGACAGAGCGCGCAAAUCCAGCCCGGAAAAGCGUUAAUACCCUACGAGUGCCCACCCCGCCCAAAAAAGCCGUCCUUGUCUCCGAGAAGCCAAUUCAGCCGUGCGCUUCUAACGACAGGUCGACAUCAACAACGUCUUCGCAAUAUAAACAGGCGAGCCCAUACCCAUCGAGGCCAAAGAAGGCAAGAUUCGGAGAAGAUGUCGAUGACCGUGUGCUCGCACUAGCAGUAACAUUAGGAAUCGUGCUUCUUCUCGCGAUCAUCAUACCUCUCGGUAUCAUCCUGCCCCAGAAACUGAUCAAACCACUGCCAGUUAAUGUCUUGGUACCAUUGUAUAUGAAGCCGGAGCUAGGAGGUUGGGAUAAAAUGUAUGCAGCGAUACUUAAAUACUCCGACACCAAUUUUACUGUAAUCAUAAAUCCCGACAACGGGCCCGGCAGCGACGUCUGGCCCCCGGGGGUCUACAUCGAAGCCAUCAAAAACCUCAACGCACACACCAACGUGCAAACACUGGGCUACGUCAACACAACAGGCGGAACCAGGGAUAAUGCCACUGUCCGUGCUGAUAUCGCGAAGUAUGCCGGGUGGGCGGAUGUUAGCGCAGACCUCGGUAUGCAAGGUAUAUACUUCGACGAGACGCCGUGGCAAUACUCAGACGACGCACGAGCGUACAUGAAGAAUAUUAGCGCGACAGUGCGGCACUCGCAGGGUUUUGGCAACAAGGCCAUGGUGGUGCAGAAUCCCGGCCGCGUGCCUGAUGAGGGCUUGAUGGCGUAUAAACCGGAUCUGACCGUGGUGUUUGAAGGUGCGUAUGAGGAUCUGCCUAGGAAGACUAGGUUACACAAUAUGUUGGAUGGGGUUACGAGUCACAGGAAAGACCGGGCGAUGUUGGUUCAUUCGGUGCCGAAGGACCUUGGGACGGGGGGAUUGAGGAAGAUCGUUGAUGACGUGAGGAGAGAUGUGGAGUGCGUCUCUGCAUAUCCAAAUCUCGAAUUCCUGGUUAUCGUCAACCCGAGCAGUGGUCCUGGUGUUGCGCCGUGGUGGCCUAAUGCAGAUUAUAUCCGAGAAAUCCCACGCUUAAAUGCCUACAAGAACGUCAAGACGGUGGGUUAUGUACGGGUGGGGUAUUGCAAAAGACCUGAACAGGAUGUCGCUGGAGAGAUCGACGCAUAUGCGGCACGUUCAAGAAGUGACGAGCAUCCCGGUCUGGGAAUGGAAGGCAUCUUUGUCGAUGAAACGGUGAACCACUAUUCUAAGGAAGCAAAGCGCUAUCUGGACGCAAUCGACCGAAAAGUGAAAGAGUGCGAUGGUAUUCAUGGCGAUAGGAUCAUGGUCCAUAACCCUGGCACAGCUGUGCAUGCUCAACUCGCAAGUCCAGGCCCGGACAUUACGGUCGUGGUCGAGACAUCAUAUGGAUACUAUGUGACUGAUGAAUACCAAAAUUGGCUAGCGACUUCGCCAUAUGAUCGCUCUCGAACUAGUUACAUGGUUCAUUCUGUUCCAGAAGAAGAGGUCGAGAAUGUUACGAUGAAGUUGCGUGAGCGGGCGGAGUAUCUUUUCGUGACGAGCGCGUGCGAGAGGUUUUACGAGGGGUUUGGGCCGAGCUGGGACAGGUUUGUUGCCGCGAUGGAGAAGCCGUUAGGACGGAGGUAG